AAUGAUAAGGUUUGCUAAAAUGUUUAAAGGAUUUAAUCAUAGAUCAUAAUAUUGGCAUAUUGUUUCUAAAAGAAGUAUAAAUAUAAUAAAUAUUAUAUAGAUGUAUAAAUAACAUUCAAAGAUGAUUUACUGGUGUUGACAUUUCCAUUAAUUAUGGGAUCAAAAAUGUUUUUUGCUCAUUAAUAAUAUUCAUUUUUGACUUUGUAAGAACAAUUGUAAUUAGAAGAAUCAACAAAAGUAGAAUUCAAUUUAGAUGGAACAGAUUUAAGUUUGAGUAGCAAUCUUUUCAAUUAUAUUUUGAAUGACAAAAAAAAUAAAGCAAUUAAAUUGGUGAUAUAGGAUGAAGAAUUUACAAUGACACCAGCUUAUCAAUUAGUUGAAGCUAAGAUGUUAAAUUAAAAAACAUAAUUGAAACAUUCUCCAUAAUAGAAAUAUAUUUAGAUGGUUAAUAUGGGAAUGGAUCCAAGUCAUGCAAAUACAUUAUCAUGGUUUUUGAAUUCAUGCAACAUAUAAUAGAAUCUUACAGAAAAAGAAAUAGUGUAAGUAAUGGAAUAAGGAUUAUCAAUAUUAAAAUAACCAACUAAAGAUAAGUUAUAUGAGUUACAUCAUUUAAUUAACAUAUUAGAAGCUGAAAUUUGUAAGUAAAGAGAACAAUUAGAUGUAAUGAUUGCAUAAGCUGAAUAAACUGGUUAUAGAUGGUUAACUCUAUUAUUUGUAUUAUCUUUAUUACAAAUUGGAGCAUUUUAUUAUGGUAUAUAUAUGGUAGAUGAAUGGGGAUGGAAUGUAUGUGAACCAUUUACUUAUACAUUAUAAUGUGUAACUGUUUUAUUAGGAAUGAUCUUUUAUAUGAGAUAUAGAAGACAAAGAGAAAUAGAAACCAUUAGAUGGGCAUUCAUGUUCAGGUAUAUUGAUAUAAUGAUUAUAGAAAGUAAAUAAAAGAGAGAAAUUGGAAAGAUAGAUGGAAUCAUUUGAAUACACUUAUUUCUUUGAAAGAAGAACAAAAAAGAGGUUUGGAAUUAAGAAAAACAAUUCUUUACAAUAGAAUGAACUAUCACUAUUAUGUGUAAUAAUAGAAAAGAUGAU